AUGCCUCUUGGGCUAGACAACGAUGAACUCGAAGCCUUCAUUGACAUAUACAAGCUACGACCAGAGCAAGAGCCCAAGACCGACCCUUCCCAUAAAUCGCAACCUCCAUCAAGUGUUUCUCGCCUACCGUCAACGACAAGACGAUCAACGCGACAUGAUGUGUCACAUGUACGAGGAGAAGAGCGAGUAAUGGGGGAGUUACAACAACUCAGCCCCGUCGAAGAAGAGCAAACAGACGGUCACUACGGUUCGCGUCUAACCAUCGCCACCGCCUCACCACGGCUUAGAGGGAACAUCCGUGACCCGAGCGGAGGCAACGGCAAUACCACCUCCAGCUGUUUCCCAGGUUUCAACGACGAGAUGCGGCCUCGAAAACUCACACACAGCACUUCUCUCCUGACUUUCCCACAAGCUCAGCGGUACCAUGCCAAUCUAAAUCUGCCACUUCAGGACUUGCCCUCCCGGAAUAUUUGGCGCCGUCAAUUCAGUUGGGCAGAUGAAUUCGAGAAGGAGCUGCGUAACGUCGGCAUCAAACACACGUCCAGACCGAAGGCGAGAUCUGCUAAUAAGUCUCGCCACAGUCUGACUCAAUCAGAUACAUCAUCGACGAGUUCGUCGCUACCACAGAUUCCAAAAUCGACUCCUCUUUUCUGGAGACCAGAGACGUGUGUGCGUUCGCAGGACUCGACCUCCUCAGCUGCAGAUGUGGAGAGUGGCAAGAAUGCAGAAGACCCCGCUGAUAUGCGACCGCGGCAGACGUCGAAACAAUCUUCUUGCUUUGAACGACUAGUCAAGCGGUUGCAGAGCCGCGGUAGUAACUAUGCCGACGCUACUGCUGGCAGCUACGCCGGUCAACACGAUGCAAGAGGACACCCAGGGGAGGAAAAGAAUUCGAGCGUAUGA